AUGACUUUAGUAAUAGAAAAUAGUAGAACUGCUAUUGGAAUACGAGGAAAAGAUGGUGUUGUAUUUGGAGUAGAAAAGCUUAUUACCUCAAAGUUGUAUGAAAAAGGAGACAACAAAAGAAUUCUUAAUAUCGAUCGUCAUAUAGGUGCAGCUGUAGCUGGACUCAAUGCUGAUGCUAGACAUUUGAUUGAUAGAGCCAGGGUUGAAGCUUCAAGCUACAGAAGUAGUUAUGGUGAUGCUAUACUUCUUAAACAUUUGACAGAACGUGUUGCUGGUUAUGUACAUGCGCACGCUUUGUACAGUUUUGUACGUCCAUUUGGUGUGAGCUUGAUUAUUGGUUCGAUUGAGAAGGAUGGUCCUCAGAUGUAUCUCGUAGAACCAUCAGGGGUUUCAUGGGGUUACCAUGGAAGUGCAAUUGGUAAAGCUAAACAAAAUGCCAAAACAGAAAUAGAAAAAUUAAAGAUGAAAGACCUGACUAUUAAAGAACUUGUGAAAGAAGUUGCAAAAAUAAUUUACAUUGUCCAUGAUGAAGUCAAAGACAAAUCAUUUGAACUAGAGCUUAGUUGGGUUGGAGCUGAUAUGGGAAAUAGGCAUGAACUUGUUCCACCUGAAGUUUAUAUUGAAGCUGAAAAAUAUGCCAAGGAGGCACUAGAAGAAUCUGAUGACUCAGAUGAUGAGGAUCUGUAG